UGUUGCACGCGAGUGCUGAACUUGAACAAGACUGAUUACUUUUGCUGCGUCCCAAUUUGCUUACAGUCCGUUCUAAAUAUUAUUCGAAAACAGAAUUAGUGUGUUGAAAAUCAUGCCAAAGAUUCCCGGAUGGUUUACUACUUGAGAUGUGCAGAUCGAGAAAUACGAACACGCAUAAAAGUGUUCAAAAACUACAAACAGCGGACAUGGGAGACCAACGACAGGCGGAUUCGUAAUGCGCGUUAUAUUUCAGCUGCAGCAGAUAUGUUCGAUCUAUGCAACACUUAUAAGAUGGCAUUUAUUAAAGUGGAGAGUGAAGACAUUAAGAUUGAAGAAACAUUCAGAGUCAAACUUGAAGAAGAUACUGAGGAACAAACAAAGAUGGAGUUUAUUAAAGAGGAGACUGAAGAAACAUUCACAGUCAAACAUGAAGAAGAUACUGACGAACAAACAAAGAUGGAGUUUAUUAAAGAGGAGAGUGAAGACAUGAAGAUUGAAGAAACAUUCAGAGUCAAACAUGAAGAUACUGACGAACAAACAAAGAUGGAGUUUAUUAAAGUGGAGAGUGAAGACAUGAAGAUUGAAGAAACAUUCAGUCUCAAUCAUGAAGAUACUGAGGAACAAACAAAGAUGGCGUUUAUUAAAGAAGAGAGUGAAGACAUGAAGAUUGAAGAAACAUUCACGGUCAAACAUGAAGAUACUGUGGAACAAGGAAAAAAAGAAUUUAUUAAAGAGGAGACUGAAGAAACAUUCACAGUCAAACAUGAAGAAGAUACUGAGGAACAAAAAGACCUGAUGACACUGAAAGAGGAGAGUUGUGAGCUCAGUAUUCAGCAUGAAAAAUAUAAUUUCCUGAAUGAAGAAAAAUCAUUUAGUUGCCCACAUACUGAAAAGACUUCACGAAAAAGGGCUCAAAAGACAGCAAAUGGAAAGCACUUCACCUGUCAACAGUGUGGGAAAAGUUUCACGAGAAAACAACAUCUUCAUGUCCACACGAGAGUUCACACUGGAGAGAAACCUUUCACAUGUCAACAAUGUGGAAAACGUUUCAUGAAAUAUGAAAACCUUAAAAAACACACAAGAAUUCAUACUGGAGAGAAGCCUUACACAUGUUCUCAAUGUGGAAAAAGUUUUUCAUUUAAACAACACCUCACUGACCACAUGAAAAUCCAUACUGGAGAGAAACCUUUCUCCUGCCAACAGUGUGGAAAGAGUUUCACUAAAAAAGGAAACCUUAAAUACCACAUGAGUGUUCACACCGGAGAGAAACCUUUCACAUGUUCUCAAUGUGGAAACAGAUUCACUAAAAAAGGAACUCUUACAGCCCACACAAGAAUUCAUACAGGAAAUAAACCUUUCACAUGUUCUCUAUGUGGGAAACGUUUUAAUCAUAAUCAACAUCUAAAGGACCACAUACGAGUUCACACUGGAGAGAAACCUUUCACCUGCCAACAGUGUGGGAAGGAUUUUACUCAAAAAGGAAACCUUAGCAAACAUAUGAAGGUUCACACUGAAAAGAAGCCAUUUACAUGUGAUAAGGGUUUUGAAUAUAACAUAGCACUUUAACAUGUACAAUCACACCAGUGUGAUCAGUGUGUCGUGAUAAACUGCUAAAUUCAGAUAUGUUUUUGUGUUUAACUGAUGCUGAGCUCCAUUGACAUGUUCCAUCGUCAGACACUUCUGGACCCCAUGACCGUUUAAUGCACAAACUGAUAAUCUCAUCUGUUAAACCGGACAGAUUUACACUGAUGUUCCCCCGGCUUGACGACUCACAGGAUUGCCCCAGUGUGACUUUCUUGUUCUCAGGAUUUUCUUCUUUUCUCUACAUUAUAGAAAAACGCGUUCUUCUCCUUUUUCAGAUAAUAGAACAUAAAACUAAUAUUGAUAAUGUUCAAAAGAGAUCAUAUAAAAGUAUAAAAAGAGCAACUAUA